AUCAAGUUUAGUUCCAGAGAAACUGCGAGAGAAUCGACAUUGACCAACCAUAAAACUAGGACAAAAAAAAAAAAAAACGCAAAGAAAGACUCUGAGCUGACGUUAACAUGGCAGAGAAAUUGGCUCCGGAGAAGCGUCACAGUUUCGUUCACAAUGGUCAGAAGGUGUUUGAAUGGGACCAAACCCUAGAGGAGGUUAACGUAUACAUAAAUCUUCCCCCAAAUGUUCGUCCCAAGCAAUUCUACUGCAAAAUUCAGUCUAAGCAUGUCGAAGUUGGAAUUAAAGACAGCCCUCCUUACCUCAAUCAUGACCUUACUUGCCCGGUGAAGACGGAUUCUUCCUUUUGGACGUUAGAGGAUGAUAUAAUGCAUAUAACUUUACAGAAGAGGGACAAAGGACAGACAUGGGCUUCUCCCAUAUUGGGUCAGGGUCAGCUCGAUCCUUAUUCCUCCGAUCUCGAACAGAAGCGCCUUAUGCUUCAGAGAUUUCAAGAAGAGAACCCAGGUUUUGACUUCUCACAAGCCCAAUUCUCGGGGAAUUGUCCUGAUCCAAGGACCUUUAUGGGUGGAAUCCGCUCCGAUUGACAAGCUUUUGUAUCUGUGCUUGAAAAGGUUGCAGUAGCCCGUUAGAAAAUCCAAACUAACGUUAGUAAAUAAGAUUAUCUAAUGUCUUUGUGAGAAGUUAAAGUUUUCCUCUCACUUCUCCGCUCCUGUUUUAGCAGAGUUCUGCUGAGCUUCAUGUUCGUGUUUUGUGUAUUAUUGUCAUCAUGUAUACUGUUGUAACGUAAACAUAAGCUAUUUAAGAAUCAUGCAUUUUUCAA